AAAAAAAUUUAUAAAAUCAUCACAGGGAAACGAAAAUGGAAAAGUUAUUAUCCCAUUUAUAAACAAGUGAUUUAGUAUAAGGGAUAUCUCUAACUUAACUUGGUGUCAGAUCAAAAAUGACAAUCAUGGGGUUUUGUAUGGUUGGAUAAUACCCCGUACGGAUGAUGAUGGUGGAGAAUAUAUACAUCUUUAUUUGCAUUAGUAAAGAAUAUAUAGAACGUGGAAUCAUUUUAGUUUGUAAAAAUACUACAAAAACGAGACGGCAGUUUUUUUUUUUUUUUGACAAAAGGGUUUGCACGGCAGGAUUUUGUUACAAAGAAGAUAGAAGCUUUGUCUUCAAUUGGUUGUUAUAAAAUAAUAUCUUGAUCAUGUCCAGUGAGAACUUGUCAGGAAUAUAUUGGCUAGAAAAUCAUUUUCUAGUUCAUCGUUUGUAUAGUUAUUUCAUACCGCCGCUUGCAAGAAAAUUACACAUAAUUUACAGAAUAUACUUUCAUAAGAAUUAGGAUUCUAUAUUUUAUCAUUAAUAUUUAAUAUAUAUAUAUAUAUAUAUAUAUGUAAAUUCUUGAACAUAACAAUUUAUCAUCUUUGAGGUAAAACUACAACAUGGUGAACAUUUUCUUCCAAUAUAUUUUUAUAUAUUCUAAAAAAAUCAUUUUUUAUAUUGUGACAUGUAAAUCAAUCAAACCAAAAUCAUCUUCGUGAAGAGAAAAAAUGACUCUCAAGUUAGAGACCUUUUUUUUAUUAAGAAAGUAGUCAUUGCCUUGUGUCUUCUCUAUCUGUUGAUGAAAGCCAAGCAAGUAAGCAUAUGAAAAUUCUCAGCUUGCUAUAAGAUAACUCUCAGCCUUUUCCUUGCCUCCUUCACAAAUACCACAGCCUGUCAAAAAUUAGCCUUUCAGAACUAUUUAACUUCCAUCACAAUAUAUAUAUUAGUAUGUGUUUUUUUAUCCUUAUUUCAUUUAAAGCAUUGCCUUAGCUGCCGGUUCCCAUUAUUCCAUCUUCUCUCUCUACCCUCCUCUUUCUAUAUCUCUAUUCCUCCUUCCACACUGCUUUAUAUUGUUGUAGACAAAAUCUUAAAGUGAUCUCUCAGAUUCUGGAUUACUUAUUAUGUUAUGUUUUGGAGGAAAUUGGUAAAGAAACAUUUUCUUUAAGGUAAGUGCAGUGGAGUGCGUCUUGAAGGGCUUCUUAAAGUGAGUUUUGGGGCAUGAGCUAAUUAGAACAUGCAUGUUAUCAAUGACCUUCUUUGGAGAGAAUCACAGCUUGGCCACUCUUCUUUCCAGGCAUGGGAACAAAGAUUGUUGAGCCAAUUACGACAAACUCAUUUGGGUUAAAGAGUGUUAAUCGUGGUGGAUUUAUCAGAUUUAGUGUUAAUGGUCAACGAAAAUCUUCAAAGGAUACGUUGACAUACAACAAAGAGGAGGAAGAAAGAGAUUUUGUUAUAAGGCCAAUGGAUAGGUCUCUUGAAAAGCAAAAAGCUGAAUCGAUCAGACAUACAAUGCAAACCCAAGAAGAUGUUUUCAAGCAACAGGUACGAGAGCUGCAUAGAGUAUAUAAUAUACAGAAAAUGAUGAUGGACCAGCUCAAACAUAGAAGCCAAUAUUGUACUAUUAACAACAAAGACCAAACCGGUCCAAGAGAGAGAACCGGAAGCUGGUCAGGCAUAGACCUCGAAAGUGAGGUUAGAGCGAGGAACAAAGCUACGGAUCAUAUUGAAGAGAGCGAACUAGAACUGACAUUGAGCAUUGGAAUGUCUUCUUCAUCUACGAACAAGGACAUGGACUACUCAUCGACAACGUCGUUUAGAUCAUCAUCAGAUAACUGUAAUAAUCAGAGCAAUAAUAACAAUAACAGUAAUAAUCAAGAAAGUAGUGGACCAAACACGCCUAUGAGCAGCCCAAGUACGACGUCGUUGGAUCGAGAGAAGAAGAGACCUCAUUGGCUCUUUCAAGGAUUGAGUAUUAACCGAACUUCUUGAUUUUUGUUAAUUCACUGACUCUUUAUUUUUCCUUCGUCUUCUUCUUGAUUUUUUUUUUCCUUUUGUGUCUGAUUUAUUACUACUGUAUUAUUGUUUACCAGAUUUGCUGACUUUAGUAUUAGCUCUUAUUAUGUUUCUGAAUCACCGAUCAACCAUUGACAAAAUAAACCCUUGAAGUAUUUUGUUUUC